CUACGGCGUGGAUCCUCCAAAUCGCGAACGCGAAACCUUAUGAACAGAUCAUCAAGAACCAAACAACAACCUGCGCCAUAUAUCUCAACAAAGAGCUUUCAAGAACUCAAGGCAACUCUUUAUACCCUGUGAAAGAAACACGUCGAACGUACAAGCGCCUGCGGAUCUACGGAGCACCUGCAUUACAAUCGAUCAGCAUCGACCCGUUCAACAACAAACAGUACUUUUACCUACCUCAGCUACCUGCUAGUGCCAUCGCGCAAGAGCAAAGAUGACGCUCGCAGAGGAAUUUGCUACGAGGAAUUUCAGUAUCUACGGCCAAUGGACCGGAGUGAUCUGUAUAUUCCUCUGCUUCGCUGUGGGAAUCUCGAAUCUUUUCCAUGUUAGUAUAAUGAUCCUCUUCGGUGCAAUUUGCGUCGCAUGCUCGUUCCUCAUCAUCUUCGUCGAGGUUCCUCUGCUACUCCGCAUUUGUCCAACCUCUGCGAAGUUUGAUACCUUUAUGCGAAGAUUCACAACAAACUACAUGCGCGCCGCUUUCUACCUCAUCAUGGCUAUUAUACAGUGGCUUAGUCUUAUCAAGGAAGCAUCAAGCCUGAUCGCGGCGGCAUGCUUGCUCACAAUUGCUGCUGCAUUCUAUGCCCUGGCAGGAAUCAAGAACCAAGGAUUUAUAGGAAGCAAGACACUCGGUGGGCAGGGCAUUGCACAGAUGAUCAUCUAAGCUUCGAGAGGAGACUCAGAGGGGCCAAGACGGUC